CCGCCUUCGAUUCUUCUCCUCGUUCGCGACAUCCAUAGCCGCCACACGCUAUUGGAUCAGUGUCUCGCUGUUGCUCUCGCCAUCAUCCAAAGCUCGGCCUGCUGCUGAUGAUUCAUCCCUGGAGCUGCCCAAAUGAACCACUCAAUGUUUUGGCCAGACUUGGCGGCUAUGCCCGCAUCUCUUUGUCGGCACGGCAGAUUCGUCUCCCACCGUCAGCACUGACCUCACACCUCCCUUCUAUUUAUCUCCUCCCCGGGCUCCUCCUUCUCUGCAUCACCAUUGGCUGAUACAAACGAGAAUGGAGGCCGUGGAGGGCAUCGUCAUCGUCGGCGCCGGGCUGGCGGGGCUCGCGGCGGCCGUGGGACUGCACAGGCUCGGGGUGCGCUGUCUGGUGUUGGAGUCAUCCGAUACCUUGCGGGCUGCUGGCUUCGCCCUCUCGACGUGGGCCAACGCGUGGAGAGCGCUGGACGCUCUCGGCGUCGGAGACACGCUCCGGAAGCAGCACGUCCGGCUCGAAGCGUUGGUCUCUUUCUCUGCGUCUUCUGGGUCAAUCACGUCGACAUUAGCAAUCAAGGAAUCAAAGAAACGUGGGGAUGACGAGGUUCGUUGCGUCAGAAGAAACCUACUGGUCGAAGCCCUAGCCAAGGAGCUUCCACAAGGUACCAUCAGGUACUCGUCCAAGGUGGUCUCCAUGGAGGACGCAGGUCGAUUCAAGCUCCUCCACUUGGCAGAUGGAUCCACGCUCAAAGCCAAGGUCUUGAUCGGCUGCGAUGGGAUCAACUCCACUGUAGCCAAAUGGCUGGGCCUCAAGGAGCCGACCUUCUCCGGGCGCUACGCAGCAAGAGGCUUCGCCGUGUUUGAAGAGGGGCACGGAUUCAAGCCGGAGUUUGCGCAGUACUUCGGGAGAGGCUAUCGAGCAGGGUUGUUGCCCUGCGAUGACAACAGCAUGUACUGGUUCUUCACAUGGGCUGCCGGAGCAAAUGACGAAGAAUGGAACAAAGAUGUUAUUAAGGUGAAGGAAUUUGUACUGAGCAAGCUGAAGAGCGAAAAGGUUCCUCAAGAGGUCUUACAGGUAAUAGGGAGGAGCGAGCUGAGCAGCCUAGCGUCCGCUCACUUGAGAUACAGAUCCCCGUUCAACCUGCUGUGGGGUGACAUCAGCAGAGGGAACGUCUGCGUGACCGGGGACGCGUUCCAUCCCAUGACUCCCGACCUCGGCCAAGGCGGCUGCUCGGCGCUGGAAGACGGAGUUGUUCUGGCCAAGUGCUUAGGCGAAGCUCUCAUCGGCGGACGGGAGGGAGGCGGAGAAGAAGACGAAGGCAGCAGGGUCGAGGCAGCACUGAAGAAGUAUGCCGACGCCAGGAGAUGGAGGGGCUUUGAGCUUGUCGCCACUGGUUAUGUGGUAGGGAUCGUCCAACAAGGCGGCAGCUGGGCCGCCCGUCUCCUGAGAGACCAAGUUUUGGCUGGUGCAUUGACAAAGAAGUAUAUGAGUAUGGCUGACUUCGAUUGUGGCAAACUAUGAAAUCAUUGUAAUCUUCUGUUAAAGGUAAUCGAGAGUUGUGUGUAGCCAAUGCAACGAAAUAAUAUUGCUAUCAGCAGUGCUUUUGUUUUA